AUGGAACUCCUUCCAAUCAUCAUUAUUGUCUCGCUCCUCGGAUUCUUCAUCAUUCUCACCGCCGGGCUUUUUACCUGGCAAUAUCUGAAAGCUAGAGAACAACAUAAAAGACGGCUAGACAGUGAAACUCAAGAAAGACCCACCCGUCAUCUUACGGUGCGAAGUGGCCAGGUCAUACCCAAAUCGGAAGCGGCAGAAACUGCGAGCACCCGAGACCCUGCAUCGUUCGACCUUAUUCGCCCAAAAGCAACAUACACUGUCAAGUGUGAAGCCGAGAGACGGAAGACCUCAGACACAUGGCCCCCGAAGGUCUCAACUCACCGUCAGGACAAUCCUUCGAAGGCCACAGACAUUGAGGCGCAGAGCAAGGACGCUGGGAGGUCCAAAGUUGCGGCAUACACUUGGCCACCAAAGCCUGCAGCUCGUAGCCAGAAACACCCGUUUGGUAGUAUAGAUCUGGAGGGUCAGACUCAAGAUUCGGGAAGGUCCAAAAUUGCUGAAAGCGAGUGUUUCCGUCGCAAGGAGGAAAUGGCGAAGGUUCACGCAAAGCUCUCCCGACCAGUUCCAAUGACACAACGAUCGGGCUCACUGACAUUACCUCGACCGGCUUUGGUGACCAUCGAAUCUCGCAGACCUUCAGCUGCAAAAUCAAAUGAUUCUCAGUCUCGCCAGACAUCCAAGUCAAAGUCCAGUCCUCAAUCCCGCCAUCCUUCUUCGUCUCAAAAUCGAGAAAUUGCCGAGUCCCUCCAGAGGGCUUACACAGGUCAAUCAAUAUUUGGGGGAGAAGCUCGCCAGCUACCUGUUAGUCCUAUCUUAUGGAAUUCGUCGCUUCAUACGGCAGAAAGUAGAAGGGCGAGUGGACGCCGAUCUUCAGGUCGAUCUGCGGACGGCUCAAUAGUAAGCUCACGAGUCAUAUCUGAUUCCGUUCAAAGGCCUCCGCCACUUUUCUCUACCGUCGACUACAGUCCGCAUGUCACCUUUGCGCCUGUCCAAAAUAUCUCUCAUGGUGACGAUGAUGUCAAUCGUGUCUCCUUCCUGUCAAUGACAGACUCGGCAAGCUCAUCAUAUACAACUGAACAGGUAUCACCUGUGCUGCGCGCUCCACCGCCGUCGAUAAACGAGCUCAUCCAGUACGAGACAUCUCCGCCAGUGUCCAGCGGCUUAGUAUCGUACAUGCCAGACACCCCAGGCUUCGUCAGGGACACGCCGCCGCAGCUUGACACUCCCGACUUCGGCAACAUGUCUUUCUUUGACUCGACAAGAUCAUCUGACGAAUCCAGCCAACUUGAGAGUCCCAAAAAAUUGCAACGAGGUGUCUCCGUGAUGUCCAAUCGGUCCAUUCUUACGAUCGCUUCAUCGGAGAUUUCGUCCAACUGGACGAUUGGGAACGCACAAGUAGUGAACAUAUAUCCCAGUGUGGCUCAAGAGAAAGACAGGGCAACGCCGCCAUAUGCGCGGAGGCUGCGAUCCAAAUACGGGCGUUUUCCGAGAGGGAGGGGUGAUAAGGCGCUGCCGGGAAUCCCGAAGUCGCCAUUGUGGCAGAACGACUUUGGAGAUGUGCAUGAGUGA